AGCGAGUUGUGUGAAAUUGUACUUUAAUAAAAAUAAAUUUGCUAGAAAGUGAGUGUUGAAGCGGAUUAAGGCGUUAUAAAGGUAGCAAGAUGGAAGAAAUACUCGCUACAGCGUUGCGUUCCCGCCUAAAUAGAUUAAAGGAAACUGUUCAAGUUACCGUGGACUUAUUGAACAAGGUCGAAGCAGGAGUGGGAGUACAGCAGCAUGAUUUGAUUGCGAACGGGAUCGACCUUAAGAAUAAAUUGACGCAAUUCCAGGUACGAUUAGAUAGAUAUAUAACCAAUGCACCGGACCCACAGAAGGAAUUUUGUCGGGAGUGUGAUGAGCUGCAAGUUCAGGCAGAAGACGCAAUAACGAGAAUGGAAAUACUCAUGAAGAUUUAUUCUGAGAACAAUUCUCAAAACAAAACUAAAUUACCUAAACUGGACUUGAUGAUGUUUAAUGGGGAUAUAUUAAAAUGGAAUGCUUUUUGGGAUAGAUUUGUGGCCAAUGUUGAGAACAAAAAUAUAGCGGAUGUAGAAAAACUGUCAUAUUUAAUAGGGUCAUUGGAGGGACCAGCUCUCCAAGCCAUUGAAGGCUUGGAGACAACCAACCAAAACUAUGAAAUUGCUACUACAAUGCUUAAAAACAGAUUCGGCAAGAUGAACCAAGUCAUAGAUGCCCACAAUAAAGCGUUACAAAACCUGGAAAGGGCCCAGUCGACAUUGGAAUGCCGUAGAAUACUCAAUAGCAUAGAUACACAUCUGCGUGUACUAUCUUCUUACGGAGAAAAUAUUGAAGCAAGCCAUUUAAGAGUUAUAAUAUUGGAUAAAUUCCCAGAAAAUAUUUUAUACCAAGUCAAACUAAUAACAGCAGAAGAUGAGACGACGGAUAAUAUUAGGAAGGCGCUAGACAAGGUUAUUACCGCAAUGGAACGGGUCAACAUUCAAACACCACAAACAUUACAAACAUCAAGUGCUGCUUCAACGUCAGGAUCUACAUCAACAGCUGCUUCAACGUCAGGAUCUACAUCAACCCUACUUAAAGUUACAAGAGAGAGACCAGUAAAACGCAAAAGGCUGUCUGAUAAAACUAACACAUUUAAGCCAAAACGGCCGAAAAUUUCAUGCAUAUUCUGUAGCAAAGGAGGACAUUACAGUGAAGACUGUAAUGAAUAUAAAACAUACAAAGAGAGGAUGAGUAGACUGCAGCAAAGGUGCUUCAUAUGCUUCCGGAAUGGCCAUAGAGCCUCUAAAUGCUUCAGUAAAAAGAAGUGUCCUCAUUGUAAUAAAUUCCACAACAGAGCUUUGUGCCCGCAGAAAACUAAAAAAGACUGCAGUAACCCAGAUAGCGGGCCAGCACAACAAACACCUGACAUGUAGAUUACUCAUGGAUUGUGGAAGUAUGAGGUCAUAUAUCACAAACAGAUUAGCAAAAGACCUUGAAAUUAAAAAAGAUAAAGAAGUUGAUUUAAUCGUCUACACAUUUGGAUCCAAUAAACCUUAUACUAUUAAGAGUUCAUCAGCAGAGGUAACUGUUUUAACAAAGAGGCAAAUUGAGAAGAAAAUAAAAGUAAACAUUGUACCACACAUAACAGAUCAUGUCCCAGUUGUCAAGAUUGAUCAUCCCAAAAUAGAUAUAACUGCUGAUGAUGAGUCGGUCGGUCAAAGAGUAGACCUGUUGAUUGGUAAUGAUUUGUAUUUUUCGUUCCUCAGAAAGGAUUUGUUAAAAAUAAAAGAUGAUUUAUAUUUGAUUGAUUCAGAUUUUGGAUGGCUGACUGGAGGUUUCGAUAAAGCUUUCAAUAAUAACAAUGAAGACGUGCUGUCAGUUGUGACAUAUUGUAGUUGCCAUGAUGCUAACUGUCCAUACUUCUCCGAGCCAGAUCUUCCCCUCCGUAACAUAGAUAUAAAGUUUUUAUGGGCACUCGAGAGUAUUGGCAUCACAGAUUCACCAAAAACAACAAAGGAAGAAGAAGCAGUUCAUCACUUUAAUGAAAAUGUCAAAUACUGUGAAGGGAGAUACCAAGUUAAGUGGCCAUGGGUACAAUACCCACCGGAAUUGCCCACAAAUUACGGACUUGCUCUUGGACGGUUGAAAAGCUUAUUAAAACGAUCUGAUGAAGAAACUCUUGACAACUAUAAGGAGAUCCUAAAAGAACAGUUAGAAGCUAAUGUGAUUGAGAUAGUCCAGCCUUCACCUUUUCAUGAAAUUACACAUCCAAUUCAUUUUUUGCCUCACCAUAUUGUAAAACAAAAGGGGAAGAGAGGGCGCAUAGUAUAUGACGCCUCAUCAAAAAUUAAGAAUGAAAAGAGCCUUAACGAAUGUCUAUAUGGAGGCCCAUCUAUGUUGGAAGAUCUUACGGGACUAAUCUUUAAUUUCAGAACAGGUAAAAUAGGCAUAACAGCUGAUGUGGAAAGAGCUUUUCUCCAAGUGGGACUCCAAACAGAAGAUAGAGAUGUUACCAGAUUUCUUUGGGUUAAAGAUCCCUCAAAAGAAGUAACGGAUGACAAUAUUGUACAGUACCGCUUUUGUCGUGUCCCAUUUGGAAUUAUAUCCAGCCCUUUUCUAUUGACGGCAACCAUCAGACAUCAUAUUUCAAAGACAGAAAAUUCCCUAUUAUCAAAAAUAGCAGACAGAUGCUAUGUGGACAAUUUGGUAACGUCAGCUGAUUCCAACAAAGAAGCUCUACAACUGUACAAGGACACAAACCGCGUGUUCCAUGAACUAGGUAUGAAUAUUAGAGACUGGAUGUCUAAUGACAAAAGCUUUGUUGGAGAAAUUCCUUUAUCUCAGAGAGAAAAACGGACAGAUAAGAUGAAGAUUCUCGGCUUAUUAUGGGAUAUAAAGAAUGACACCCUACAACUUAAUAUAGAUCCAGAAGUUUUUAUCAAUGAGUCAAGAGGAAUCACCAAGAAAGGGGUGCUCAAGGUACUAGCACGCUUAUAUGAUCCCUGCGGUUUUGCCUCACCUCUAAUACUUCCUGGCAAGUUAAUAUUUCAGGAGCUCUGCAAAAGGAAACUGAAAUGGGAAGAUAUAUUGCCAGAGGAUAUGCAGAUGUUAUGGGAGAACAUAGUUAGAAACCUGGCUGCUAUAAGGGACGUAAAAGUACCAAGAUAUGUCGGAGACACAUGUGAACAAACAGAAGAGAUCGUACAGUAUGAACUGCAUGGUUUUACAGAUGCGUCUAUGAAUUCAUACGCAGCCAUUGUAUACUUGAGACUGAUAGGCAAAAACAAGACAGCAGUCACCUUUCUAAUGUCUAAAACGAAGAUCACACCAAUAGAAGACAAAAAUGAUUUGAAAAUCCCGAGACUUGAAUUGUUAUCCUUUUUGAUUGGAAGCAGGUUACUGAAAUAUAUACAUGAUCAUAUAGAUAUAAACCUUUCAAAGUUGUAUCUAUGGUCUGACAGCCAAGUUGUCUUGGCAUGGAUGAAGACAAGCAAAUUACUGCCUCCAUUUGUCGCAAGACGCGUUAAUGAAAUAAAACAAACCAGUCGUACUCUGGGUAUAGAACUGCGUUAUGUGGAUACAAAAAAUAACCCAGCAGAUAUAGCAACUAGACCAGAAUUAUGGCAUAAGAAACGAGAGUUGUGGUUUUAUGGGCCAAAAUUCCUUACCCAAGAGGGAAAACAUUGGCCUAGUGACACCCAAAUUAAUAAAGAGAUUUGCUUGGUCGGGAGGGCUCUGGACAUGGUUGAUGGUCCAGAGAUGACUUCGAAAGGUUAUGAAAACGAAGAAUUAGCCCUCACAACAGAAGAGCAAGAACUCACCGAGCAAUUGAGAGAGGAAUCUUCAAAUGUUGAUAGAACAUCUGGAAAUGAUGUCACUACAGACAACAUUAAAAGGAUUCAGAAAGAAUAUUUUCCGAACGAGGUCAUGGGAAAGAAAACUAAUCUGUCACUAGAUUUAGGAAUAUUCAGAGACAUAGAUGGAGUGUUGAGGAGCAAAGGACGUUUUGGGCAAGCAAAUUUGCCAUAUGAUAAGAAGUAUCCAAUAGUGAUUCCAAAACAAUCCUCAUUGGCAACCCAAAUUAUUAAAAGGACACAUGAAGAAAACUAUCAUGUGGGGGUGCCCCACACCUUGAGUAUUAUAAGAGAAAAAUACUGGAUACCCCAAGGCCGUGCUCAGGUACAGAAAGUAAUUAGAAGUUGCCCACAAUGUGUGAAGUACGGUGGCGGCCCCUUUCAGUUACCACCAGCACCGGAGUUACCUAGUGCAAGAGUAAAUUAUAGCUCACCUUUCCAUUUUACCGGCAUAGACUACCUAGGACCUGUACUGGUAGAUACAGAAAAAGGAAAAGAAAAGAGGUGGAUAUGUCUAUUAACAUGUUUAGCAGUACGAGCUUUACAUCUAGAAUUAGUUAAAGACUUAUCAGCGAAGGAGUGCUUACUAGCCAUUAGAAGAUUUACAGCCAUUAGAGGCAUACCGGAUACCAUAACCUCAGAUAACGCACUCCAAUUCAAACUGACCAGUGAAGUCCUGUCGUCAGACUACUGUGUGAAAAAAGGUAUUAAGUGGAAAUUCAUAGCUCAGCUGGCACCAUGGCAGGGAGGUUUUUAUGAAAGACUUGUAGCCUUAGUUAAGCACUGUUUGAAACGCACUUUGGACAAGCAUCUGUUGACAGAUACCCAGAUGACAACAGUCCUUAAAGAAGUGGAAUCGGUACUUAACACUAGACCACUGACUGCAGUAGGUGCAGAGCCAGAAGAAGUACUGAAACCAGCCGACUUCCUGACCCUAGGACAAUGCUUGGAUUUUGACACAGACUUACAGACUUCAAAUCAACAGUUAACAAACACCAAAGUUGAUCUGGUCCAAAGCUGGAAAAGAGGUCAAAUGAUUCUUGAAGAAUACAAAAGAAUGUUUAUUAAUCAAUACCUGCCAAGUCUCAGAGAGAGAUCCUUCCACACGCACAAACAACCAAGAAUUAAGUCUAAAAAAGUACCUGAAAUAGGGAAUAUAGUCCAAAUCCGAGAUGACUCCAAGAAUAGGACAAAUUGGAAAGUGGGGAAAAUUGUCUCUCUGAUUAAAGGCCAAGAUGGUGUUGUAAGAGUUGCUAGAGUUAAAGUUAAUGAUACAGAAUUAACACGGUCUCUUGGCCAUCUGUACCCGUUAGAAGCAGACGAUGUUGAAGAAACAUGUAUACCUGAUAAAGAAUUGGUAGAUCAGGAAGAGAAUAGAGUAGUAAGAGUGGAAAAUACUUUAGACUACAGGAAUGUCAAUGAAGUACCUCAAGUGCCUGUAUCGGACACAGGCAGCCUGAAUUUGCCUAUGGAUCAAGUGAUUGAUAACACAAAUCCUCAGACCGUUCCUAGUGAUGAACCAUUAUCGUUACAAGAAAAUUCACCAACUCCGGUAGAAGAAACUUGCCCUCCUCCGACAGACUUAGUUGAAGGUUCAGUAAACGAAAGUUCUAGCAGGAAUGAGAAGAGAGACGCUGCCAUUAAAGCCAAAGAGAAGAUAGCGGAAUGGACGCGUCACCUGUUAACCGUCUUGUAACAUUUCUUUGCCUUGCGGAGUGUCGCGGUGAUACGCGAUACGGACCGAUAAUACAGGUAACUGUCAUUUGCUUUUUCACCCUGGUAACACUGAUCGAAAAGAAAAAAAUAUGAAGAUCGGGUCAUAACGAAGGCUAAGAAAACGUGAGGUGCAAAAAGGUAAUGUGGAGAGGCAAAGAGACCAGAUGGAGUCAGGUGUAGACUGCUCAUAGCAACGAGCAGUGUUGACAGAGCUACUCUUGGUGAGUUUCCCCUUUAAUAAUCACUAUCGAGUGUGUGACGGUAAUGUCGGGAUAGCAAGCUUUCAUAAGAGUUAUGUACAGAUAGUUAAGGCCUAAAGUAUCUGGCCAGAGGCAUCAUGCAUAGUGCUGCUGUCAGGCAGCUGGCGUUAAGCUUAGCAUAAGGCCUGAGGCUUAGACUGAGAGUAAAGAGAGAGUAACCUAUAAGAAAUGAGCAUGGUGUGAUCAGGAGGAAGAGGCGAGCUAUUUGGGGAUGG